GAAAAAAACUAGCAAGUACUCUAAAACAAAGCAAAGCCAACCACAACAAAAGAAGCGAAAGAAAAACUGUUUCUCGAAGUCUCAGUUUCGUGUUAAGUGAGUGAGUGAUGGCAGAUCAGAAGCCACAAAUCUUUGAACUCAACAAUGGGACCAUGCAGGUCAAAAUCACCAAUCUGGGUUGCACCAUUACCUCCUUGUCUUUACCUGACAAAAAUGGUAAUUUGGCUGAUGUGGUUCUUGGAUUUGACUCUGUUGAGCCAUAUUUGAAUCGUGUUGCACCUUAUUUUGGUGCCAUUGUGGGUCGAGUGGCGAACAGGAUCAAAGAUGGGAAGUUCACUCUUAAUGGGGUAGAUUACACCUUACCCGUCAACAGGCCUCCAAACAGUCUUCAUGGUGGGCAUAAAGGUUUUGAUAUAGUUGUAUGGGAGGUAGCAGAGUAUAAGAAAGGAGAAAAACCAUCCAUUACUUUUAAAUACCACAGCCGUGAUGGAGAGGAAGGUUACCCUGGGGAUCUUUCUGUAACUGCAACUUACACACUAACUUCAAGCAUGACAAUGAGACUUGACAUGGAAGCAGUGGCUGAGAUUAAGGCCACUCCAGUGAGCUUAGCUCAGCAUACUUACUGGAACCUAGCUGGCCACAACUCGGGGAACAUACUUGACCAAUCAGUUCAGAUAUGGGGAUCUCAUGUUACUCCUGUAGACCAGAACAUAGUCCCAACAGGUGAAAUCAUGCCAGUUAAGGGCACUCCUUUUGACUUCACCACCGAAAAGAAGGUUGGUGCUUCAAUUCACGAGGUUGGUUUAGGGUAUGAUCAUAACUAUGUGCUCGACUGCGGGGAGGAAAAGGAAGGUUUGAAGCAUGCUGCAAAAGUCAAGGAUCCAUCUAGUUCAAGGGUCCUUGAUUUGUGGACUAAUGCUCCCGGGAUGCAGUUUUACACUGCAAACUAUGUGAAUGGAAUUGUUGGUAAAGGAGGUGCUGUUUAUGGAAAGCACUCAGGACUAUGCUUGGAGACACAGGGAUUUCCCAACGCCAUCAACCAACCAAACUUCCCGUCGGUGGUUAUUCAACCCGGCGAGAAGUAUGAGCACACCAUGUUGUUCGAGUUUUCAAUCGAGUGAGAAACAAUAGCCCGUUGAAGGGUAGAAGUCAGAAUAAGUAAUUAAUUACGUUUUACAGACUACCAACGAGUGUGAAACCUGGUGUUUUGCCCAUCUAAUAUAUCACCCCAGAUAAUAAAAUGAUGAGAUUCAAGUCUU